AUGGUUAUGGAAUUAUAUUGUAGUGUACCAGAUAUAUAAUCAAAUUACUCUAAAUCAAUAAACACUAAAAAUUUAAACAAAAACCGCAAUCGUGGGCUAGUUAUCAUAUCUUUUACGGCACUGAAAAAUUCCACAACCGGUCAACUACUCCUGCGUACAAAACACACACGGCCAAUGAGAACAAAGUUGUUACUAAAAAUUAAAACAAAGAACCACCAAAAAAAAAAAUAAAAAAAAGAAAGUUCGGAAUGAGCCAGGAAAAUUUCAACCAUAUAUAAGCUGGAGAUUACCUUUUAGAUUUCGACAACAUUGUAGUUUUUCCUCUUUUUGGUAUAUAUAUAUAUUCAAUAACAAAUAUAAUUAAUAACAAUGCCAGCUCCAUUUGAAAAAGGUUCUGAAAAGAAAGGUGCCACUUUAUUCAAGACCAGAUGUUUACAAUGUCACACUGUUGAAGAAGGUGGUCCACACAAGGUUGGUCCAAAUUUACAUGGUGUUUUUGGUAGAACUUCAGGUAAUGCUGUUGGUUACUCUUACACUGAUGCUAACAAAAAGAAAGGUGUUGUUUGGUCUGAACAAACUAUGUCUGAUUAUUUAGAAAACCCAAAGAAAUAUAUUCCAGGUACUAAGAUGGCUUUCGGUGGUUUAAAGAAACCAAAGGACAGAAACGAUUUAGUCACUUACUUAGCUUCUGCUACUAAAUAAGUGUAAUUGCAUAAUACCAUAUUCAUUUCACUCCAAAAUUGACCAAUCUGACACCUGAAAUCAAUAGAGAUACUUUUUCAUUUCAAUGACUCAAGCUAAAAUAAAUGAAAUCAAUCAUCUGUACAUAAUGUUUUAUAUUUAGUCUUUUUUCACUGGCCCGUCCUAGUCGACUCCUAUUUCUAUAUUUAUAUUUAAUUAUAAUAUAAUUAUUGUAUUCAUUAAAUAAUUUAACAUAAUUGUAAGCUAAUCUACUUAAUCU